GAGGGGAAACCUCGGUAAGUCUAUGUAGAAACUUUUUUUUUUAAAAAAAGCACCAUUUUGAAGAUAGCCUAAGAAUUAAUAACGAAAAAAAAACUAGGGAAAAAAAAGAUUUGCAAAAACCAACGACCCUCCAUGGUCAGUCUGUCCGCCGCCGUCGCUCCGGCCGCCGGCGUCGUGCCGCCGCCUCAAAAAGCCCAAGCUUUCGCCGUAGCCGAAGCGCAUGCCCCGACCAUCCCAAGAAGGCACCUCCUCCUCGCCUCUGCUGCCUCCACACUGCCCGCGGCCGCGGCCGCGGCCUCUGCCUCUGCCGCCGCCGCCCCUAGCUUCGCCGAGAUCCCCGGCUCCGGCGGCGUGAAGGCCCUAGACCUCCGGGAGGGUCCCGGCGAGGUCCCGGCCGACGGCGACCAGGUUGCAAUCCAUUACUAUGGAAGAUUGGCAGCGAAGCAAGGAUGGCGCUUUGAUUCCACCUAUGAUCACAAGGACGAGACCGGUGAUCCGAUGCCGUUUGUAUUCACCGUCGGAGCUGGAAAUGUUAUACCUGGUAUUGAAGCAGCAGUGAAGUCCAUGAGAGUUGGUGGUCUUCGCCGUGUCAUCAUUCCACCGUCACAGGGAUAUCAGAACACAUCACAAGAACCCAUUCCUCCUAAUUUCUUUGAUCGGCAGAGAUUAUUUACUACUAUAUUUAACCCAACACGUCUGGCAAAUGGCGAGGGUUCCACUCUCGGUACACUCAUCUUCGACAUCGAGCUAAUCAGCAUAAGGCAGCAUUCAUAACUGUUCAGCACUGCCAAGGCUGUAGAUUGAUCAACACCCUGAUAGAAAUCUCAAGGAAGCUCUGAUCAUCCUUCUGUUCAAUCCCUUCUGUAAUAUGAAGAAAACAUAGUGAUGGUCUCCAAUUCUCCAUUCCUUGAGCAAACUCAGGUGUAUUAUAACAGAUUUUGUGGUACAGAAAGAAAUUACAACCAGAAAUCAAGUUGUACACAUGCUUUGAUUGCAAUUCAAAUUUGAUGUAAAUUUGGCUUUUGAUGGAUCAAAGAGGGAGUAAUUUUGCACCCUACAGUGCAGUAAAAAAGGCUUUCUUUCCCAUCA